AUGUGCUCGAAAAUCUUCUGCUUGCUGUUCCCCUUCAUAGGCGUUCACUACGUCUUGGGUGCGGGGAAUGUGCGUAUGCACGUUACUACCAAAAAGUACUGCAACCUUGGGCUGGUUGAUGCCUAUGGCAACCCAGCGCCGUGUGGUACCUCGAAAAGCGGAGAUACGUUCGGCCUCACCUUGCCUGGUAUGGAAGAUGGUUUCCAAACGACCAAGGAGGAUGUGAUCAUCGCCAGGGACGGCCAAGUGUCGGUGCGAGCAUCUCCUGCUAUUCCGUAUACUUUUGUCAUGUCAAUCGACUCCCCCAACUACAAGGGGGUUGAAAAACUGUACAAUCACCAGUCGUUUGUUGUAUCUGUGGAAGCGCCCGCUGAUGCCGCCCUCGAGCAAAGUGCCGCCUUCGAGAAAACUCUGGCCGAUGACGGUUGGGUCUCCCAAGAGUCCGACGAUGCUUCUAUGAAUAAGUGGAUACUAUACGGCCCUCAAGGAGUCGAUCCCAACACCGGUGCCAACUAUACCGCGAUUUACCAGACUGGUCUCGCGCCUGAUGCUUGGAUUCUCUACACUGACGAGAACAACGAGAAACCCAAAAAGCUUCUUACCGUCAACACCUUGUUGAACGACAGGGUAUUCCAAGAAUCCACUUUCGAUAAG